AUGACUAAGAACAGUUCAACCACGUUGAAGGCGAUUCGGGCGAGCCGACGAGUCCAAGGUCUAGAAGUUAGCCCCAAAGGAGGAACAGGUGCCUUAGGAGAGAACAAAGCGGGACCUUCAAACUCCAAACCGAACCUCAUUUCAACUAACAAACACCAAGAGGAAGAUAACGAUCACAUUAAGCCAGACGACAACGCAGACGGAUUAGGAGCCCAGUCAGAAUUCAAAGAGAAGUGUCAACCAGAUCCAUUCAAAGAGAAGCGUCAACCAGAUCCCACACAAAGCCAAAAUUACUCCAACUUCAUCGGAAACGUACCAAUCCCUUUCCCAGCAGAGACGAACCCACUUUUCAACGCGACAAUCAGAGUCCCAAAAGGCAAAGAACGGGCAGAACAAUCCUCUUCCAAUAUAGACGACUUAGCAGGUGACUUUGUACAUGAAGACUACAAAUUGGUAGGAGCCUCCGACAAUUUAGAAGUCAAAGACUUAGAAGAACACCAAGCAUCUUCCCCAUCUUUAGGAUCUUCAAACGGAGAGGACGGACCAGACAUCUCAAGCUCAAGCUCAGACUCCGACAACGGAGACAGCGAAGAGGAUUCAUCAUCAGAGAGCGAGUCAGAAGACUCAGAAAGAGAAGUGAAGAAAGAUAAGAAACGGAAACGCACAUCAAAGUUAAAGAAGAAACUAGAAGACGCGAAAAACGAAAUCAAACAAUUGGGAAAGAUAGCAAAUAUCAAACCAUCAGAAGCGGCUAAGAAAUCUAGUAGACGAGCAAAGAAGACGUCGGACAAAAAGAAACGUAGCAAGAAGAAUGGAAUACAAGUAAACAUAGGUGUCAUUUCAAAGUCAGACUUGAUUCAAUUACAACCGUUUUGGAGAAAACAAAUGAAGAAGUUAGAGUCCUCCAUCCCUUUGACAGUAUUUGAUCAAAGUUUCGCGCUAGCAGACAAAGAAGAGUACAAAAGACAACAUCAUUUGUCAUCGUCGAAGACUUCUAAGAACAAAGGUUUAGAGGCGCAAUCCGAGUUCAAAAUGACUUACGGGGAGUGGACAGAAAACAUCAGUCUGUUCAAACGUUACUUGAUUCAACACAAGCAAAAAGAAGUAGCAGAAAGACUCAACUUUCACAUCAAGAACGUGAAGCAAGUCAAGUAA